CAAUCUCGCUAUGCUCAGCCUAUGGCUCUACCCAGAAUAACAACAAAUGCGACAAGCACGACAGCCAAACAUCCGACGCCAACAAACAAUUACGGCGUCGUUGGUGGCGUCUCCUUGAGCUUUCCGCUCAGCGACAUCCUAGGGAGUCAGCAACCAGGCCAAAAGAGUCCAAGCAAACGCAAGUAUGUUGUCGACUACAAAAGCCAUGCGUCCACUACAAAGAUGUUUGGCAGUCCACGUCCUCUUGGAUCGCUUCCACGGCGAAAACCGUACAUUACCGACACGGUAGGAACCGGAAUGCACAUGACUCUGCCUGCAUUGAGCUCGGAUGGCGGUCAUUUAAUCUCCACGGCAACAAAGUCGUCUUCGUCGUUUCCGGCAGCUUCGCGUUCUCCGCCAGGUCGCAGAAAUGAAGCAUAUCGAGUCUCCGUGAUGAAGAACGGCGUGGCGCAACCCACGAAUAACGACUCAAUCGCUCCACCACAACGUCCACAAACUCGCGUUUUGGAUGCCGAGGAUGAUGCUAGGAUGCGAUCGCAGGUCGAAGUUGAGACAAAGCUCGUCGUCGACAUGAAUUUCUGUACGACAACGGCUGAAACUGCAGAUUUAUGGCCUAUAGAGCUUGACAGUACUGUCGACGAACCUCAAGAGCGUAUGAGACACUUUUCUCCUCCGACUGCUCGUGUUUCUUCAGGAACCAGCAAGAGACCGCGAACUGCGAGUGCACCUGAACCUGUGUCUGUGAUGGCACUCAGCCACUACUUUCGGAUUCCCUUCCUCAAAAUUCCAGACACUCCACUGAGAGCCGAUCAACCUCGAUCUUACUUCAGUUUCGUCAACCAGAAAGCUUUGUCGGAAAAGGACCAAUCGCUGAUAGAGAAGAAAGAUGCAGUCUACUUGCCAUGCGCUCGAUGUCUCCGAAACGGCAAAAGAAGACGCAAAACUUUAUGUAUCCGAGUUGGUGGUGGAUACGUCAUACUUGACGACAGAUACGACGAGGUAGACAGACAAAGAAUGGACGACAAAGCGAGAUUGUCUAGAGAACCGUUGUGUGAUCAAUGCUACUCCGACGUCUACGGUCGGGGUCGGAUGGAAGUGGGCCGAUCGAGUGAAACGAAUCGAUCGGAAAACGGUAACGGUCUAUCUCGAAACGGAGUAGGUGCGCUUCUCGGACAGGACGAAAGAGAUCUCGACGGCCGCUCUUUCAAACAUGGCAACCAAAACGGCAACGGUGCUAGUGAUGGGAAUGAUGACGGAAGAGACAAGCGGUCUAGACUACAAGGCACACUGGAGUCAGGAAACAGUUUGGAUGCAAACAGAACGUCACAAAGCGGAGAAAUGGAAAGCGACGAGUCUGCUCGCAGACGUGCAAGAAAUAAAAAUGGCGACUCCGGCUUUGGCAACAAUAAUUUACAUGGUUUAGGUGGGGAAAGAGGUGACACUGAUACUGGUAUGAUCACUCAAGGCGGGUCAGAUGCUGACGACAGUGACAGUGGAGAUGACGAGUCUUCAGGUGGUCGUAACGGUCGUAUCGACCGAAGAGGUCGAGAUCAACGAGACUUGCAGUCCAAAGAGAGCGAAAUGAUAAAGGGAAACAAAAUGAACGACCUUAGCAAAGAAGGCUCCGAAGACGACACAGACAGAUCGUUUCGUGUUGGGUCUUCGCAAUCGCAAGGGGAACAAGACUGGAAUGACUUUGCUGGAGACAUACCACCUAUAUCGGAUGAUGCCGGUGGGAAGAAAAGACGAGAGCGUUUCAAGGGUGAUCGUGGUGUGGAAAAAGGUGGAAAAGGCAACAAGAACAAAGAUGAAGGCUCUCGAUGGCGCAGAGGCGACCUCUGGAGAAUGAGAGAAGAAAAGCGUGGAGUCAGCACUCGUAAAUGCACUCUCAAAGACCUCCAACACAUUGACCCACUGGACUAUCUAGCCAAAUACUGCAUCAUCAAUAAAGAGAGAUUACCACACUACGAGAGAACCUUUCUCAAUGUGGCUCGAGAUGAUGAAGACUCGAUCAAUCUGGAGCAACUCGAUUUUGCUCUCAAAGCAGUCAACUACGACCUCAUUUCCAACUCCGAGAUGGAUUACAUCGAACAUAUUCUCGAACUGAGAGGACGAAAGCCUCUCAACUUCAAACUCUUUUGUUGCGUUGCAGCGUUGUCGGAGAGAGUUGUAGGAUUAGAGCCCAUGGUAAAGGAUAUCAUCAAUCAGUUAAACUUUGAGGCUCUAGACUACAAGCUGAGAAAGUGCAAAGAGCUGUUCUAUCUGCUAGAGUCGCAGGACGACGAACAUGACGGUGGCGUUGUGACGACCGGUAGUAUGGCAAUAGAGCUGCAUGCUGGCGGACUAACUAAAGAGCACGAAGUUUAUGUUGUUAACCAUCUUGAUAGAGAGAAAAAUGGGUUAAUCGAGUUCUUGGACUUCCUAGUUUACGUUCCUCUGUUUGUUGAAAUUCAUGAUUCCAUAUGCGGAAAUCCACUUGAAUUUUCAAGAACCAAAUAGCAGCUGGACAGAGCAUUCGACUUACCUGGUUACCAACUUUGAUGUUGCUAAAGUCACAAAUCCUUAUAUUUUUGAUUAGCUUUUAUACCAUCUUACUAAAUUGAUUUUUAUCAACUAUGGAAUCUGUGAUUGAUUGUUAUCAACUGGAAUCUGUAUAUAGUAUAUGUAUAUAGUAUAUGUAUAUAGUAUAUACAAUUUGAAGAGAUUGCUGCCAUGGGUGCUACAGAAGUCGAUAAAAUUUAGAUAUAAUUGCAUCUUGACUUGGGGUAUGUGUUUGCUUGUCUUAUUUUUAGGUUGUGUAAC